AUGUUUUUAGGUUGUGAUUAUAAAAGAAUGUAUUCUGCUGUCUGUGGAAUAGAAGAAAAUGAUGAAUUUGUAUUAGAAUUUUGUUUACAAUUUCCACACCGUCCAAAAAAUAUUGAACAGAUGAAAAUUGCUCGUUAUUUCUUCCAUCAAAUAUUUAAAUGUGCCUUUGAAUAUGCUGAUUUUCUUCUCCUUAUAUUUAAUCCACAAAUGAUUCAACUAUUAUUUGAUGCGAAUAUAACAAAUAUACCUUUGAAAAUUCAUUCCCAACAAGCCAAUAUAUAUAUUGACAAUGAAUAUACUGAAAGUUUUUCUAAAUUUAUAUUGAACCAUCUGAUUUCUAGCAAUAUUGCUGUUAAUAUUAACGGAAUCAACUUUAUAGAGCAAUCUAGAAAUAAUUUAUUUGAGAUUUUGACAAGUGGAGGAAAUAGAUUUUUGAGUGUCACUUAUGAUUGGAUUGACUCAAGACUUUACAAUCUAAUUAUACAGCAUAUAGAAACAUCAAAUAAUGUUUCUAAAAUUGUGAAGGACAUCAGAUUUUAUUGUGUUGUUGGAGAUCUUAUGACAAGUAAAAGAGCAGAAAAUAUUGAAAAUAAUGUUAGAAGCAACAAUUUAAAAUCUACAAAAUACCUACUUUCUAAUAAAUACGUUCAAGAAAUGAAGUUUUAUAUUUAUAAUAACGAGUUUCAAGAAAGGGAAUUUUAUGUUGAAAUUAAGAGAAUUAAUUGA